UUCAUAUUACUACUAAUGCUGUUUCUGAGUAAAGGAACAACACAAACAUGUCGGAGUAGGAGAGGCUGAAACGUUAACCAGCAACGGCCACUCGCAGUCACAUAAUUUAGUCGUCGAUUCAACCGACCGCUAUAUGAUUCCCGUCGUGUUAACGGCCGACAACCCAGAAAGAUGCCGCAGAAAGCACUGGGAUCCAUUGUAGGUCUUCUUUGUACCGGGACCUGUCUGGUGCAGGGGAAGGAGUUCUGUUUUGGGGUAAACAAUGAACAGUACCGCUGUGAGAUGGGGUACUGCUGUGGAGAGACAGAGUGCUGCACCUACUACUAUGAGCUCUGGUGGUUCUGGUUGGUAUGGACCCUGAUCAUCAUGCUUAGCUGCUGCUGUGCCUACCGACACCGGAGGGUUAAGAUGCGUCUUCAGCAGGAGCAGCGUCAACGUGAGAUCAGCCUCAUGGCCUACCAGGGAGCCUCCAGCUCCUUUAUAUCCCCUCCACCGCUUAAUUUAAGGUUCUGGAACGACUGCAAACUUCCUGACUAUGAAGAGGUGGUCGGUCACCCCCCGACACCACCUCCUCCUUACUCUGAAAAUCCUCCUGAGACCACUCCAGCACUCCCUUCACAAGUGAGCCAGCCUGACGCUGCCACGGUGCCACAACCACUGGCUGAGGCGGACCCGAUGAUGGACAGUCAGGCCUCAGGCUCAUCUUCAGACCAGGAAGCAGUGUCAAUGCCCAUCCAAGCACAGUGUCUGGCAGAGGAGAACGUGGAGGCUCCGUUGAUGAUGGCGGCGGCGGCGGAGGAAGAGGAGGAAGAUGAUGAUGAAGAGCUUGUGACUCGGCGUCGCCACGUGACUGGCGACUCUGGGAUUGAGGUGUGCGUUUGCCAGCUGGACGUUGACGAGGGCUCGGGGCUUGAGGAGGAAAGCGACGAGGAGCACCGAAUGUGCAAAGUCACCGGUCGGGACUUCUGCUCCGAGCACCAGCAGCAGACCUUCAGACAGAAGGAGCAUACCUCUGAGCUGCCCAGCCAGACCGCCAGCACCAGCACUGGGGACCACAUGGUGUGAUCCACAGCUUAACUAACCAGCCAACCAGUGCGGCUUUCUGUUUCACACAGGGUGAUACGAGAUAGCGGUUGUCCUUAAUGGCUCCUGAUUAGGAAACAUGAAUAACACAUUGAGUAGACAAAAAUCC